AUGAGCGCACGCCUCCGAUGGCUCACGGCACGGCCGUUUCUCACAGACUUUUCCAAACGCCUGCUCGGGUACGCGACGUGGAUCCCCGUGGUCAUCAUGUUCAACAAUUACGUUGCCGAGAUACACAACGUCCACGGACCAUCCAUGUAUCCCUUCUUCAACGAGGACUACAACAGCAGCCUGUUACAGGACAAGGUCCUCACGUGGAAGUGGUGGCCUCAGUAUGACCUCGAGCGCGGCAUGAUUGUGACAUUCAGGAGUCCCAACAACCCAGAGGCCAUCUCUAUCAAGAGAAUCAUCGCGGUGGAGGGUGACGUCGUCAGGACAAAGGCGCCGUAUCCGGAGCCAGUGGCACGGGUGCCACAGGGACAUAUCUGGGUGGAGGGCGAUGGGGACAAGACGAUCGACAGCAACACGUAUGGACCGGUGCCGAUGAGCUUAGUGACGGGCAAGGUGACUCAUUUUUUGUAUCCGUUGAAGAAGUUUGGGCCGAUACGAUGGUGGGAACACAAGGGUCGAGAGAGGUAG